GCCAGGAGCCACGUCACCGUCACCCAGCGCUGGCUUCAGGGCUGCUCAGCCUGGGGCUCUCCGGGGCACAAACCCCAACUUUCAGCCUAAAGCAGGGAGAGGAAGGCCCUAGCCUGGGAGAGGGAAAAUACACCUUGGUGGAAAAGUAAUUAAGGGAGACAUCCAGCCUGGAAGGCAAAAGGCACCCACAAUCAGUGAAGAGAAGAGCCUGAACUUUGCUCCACAAGAAGGGAGGGCUCUGUGCUCAGGGAAAAAGGAAAGUUAAGCCGGAGGAGACUGUUCACUCAGUUGAGGCUCAGGGAAGAAAAACUCCCUGCCCUCACCCUCCCUGACUGCAGAAAGUGCCACACUCCCUUCGUCCCAGAGGAGCCCCCCCGCCCCCGGCACCAUGAACAUCUUCCGCAUCCUGGGCGAUAUCUCCCACUUGCUGGCCAUCAUUAUUCUCCUCCUGAAGAUCCUGAAGUCCAAGUCUUGUGCCGGAAUCUCUGGGAAGAGUCAGAUUCUUUUUGCCCUUGUCUUCACAACCCGCUAUCUGGACCUGUUCACAAACUUCAUCUCUGUCUAUAACACUGUGAUGAAGGUCAUUUUUUUGAUAUGUGCCUAUGUCACCGUGUACAUGAUCUAUGUGAAAUUCCGGAAAACAUUUGACAGUGAGAAUGACUCUUUUCGCCUCGAGUUCCUGCUGGUCCCUGUUACAGGCCUGUCAUUUCUGGAGAACCACAGCUUCACCCCCUUGGAGAUACUUUGGACCUUCUCCAUCUACCUGGAGUCCGUGGCUAUCCUUCCUCAGCUCUUCAUGAUCAGCAAGACAGGGGAAGCAGAGACCAUCACAACGCACUACCUUUUCUUCCUGGGCCUCUACCGUGCUCUCUACAUUGCCAACUGGGUCUGGCGCUACCACACAGAGAAUUUCUAUGACCAGAUCGCUGUAGUUUCUGGGGUGGUACAAACCAUCUUCUACUGUGACUUCUUCUAUCUAUACGUCACCAAAGUCCUAAAAGGAAAGAAGCUAAGUCUCCCCAUGCCUGUUUGAAGAUAUUCCACUGACAACGCAAGAAAUUCUGAAGAUGAAGCUUUUAAGAUCACAGCUUUCCUUCCCUGGCCCUUUUUGACUAACGGAUGGCUCAGCCAAGUUUCAACCUGGUGACAGGAAGACGAGGCUUGGAAAGCUGAAAUGCUUUUGAUCCACGAGACUCUUCCCCUCCAUUUUUUUAUUUUUUCUCACUUGAAUUUGGUGCUAGUCUAAGUAGUGCUGGCCAAUACCGAAGUAGUGCAAAUUAUUCUCUCCUGGCUCUUCCCAGCAUCUACCUCCAGAACACACCUCUACCUUGAACAUGCGGCAGUACAAGGAGUAUAAGGGAAUUUGUAACUCCUUUUAGUUCUUUGGCAAGUCCCCGUGGUAAAGGGACCAUGGUACUAUUAAGUCUGAUAGCACAGACAAAAGCUGCUGACCUAUUUCACAGGUGGCCACAUCUGAUACAGCAGAUGCUACAAACUGUUAUUUUAACUCUGUAUGAACUAACACCCUCUUCAAAAUUAAGUCUGCCUGACCCUCUCCCUAUUUAGGUCCCAUAACAUUCAAGAAAAACACAUUCCCUUUGAAUUAUAUGAAUCUUCCAGUUCCACAAGUAUUCAAAUAUCCUCCCCACUCACUCACUUUCAGUUCCUCAUAUCCUACAGAUGGGGACAAUUUCAAUUAAAAUUCAGUGGGUUGCCAAGAGGUGUUUCCAUCUCUCUGAAUUUGACUUCAAGAACUGGGAAGAACAGGGGCAAAGACGGCUUUACAUUUCAUAAAUAAAGACAAAGUUCACAAUUUAUUGACAACAGUGUUUUUAUUUAUACCUACAAAAGAAAACAAGAUGGUAUCAAAAGGACAAUUUACAAACUAAGAAUAGUAACAUAGCUCUUAGUAUCCUGUGCCUGACCACCACAGAUCUAUGAAUCUCUCAAUUCAAGUCUUUAUUAAUACAACAGGAAUGUGUUCAGAGACCAGCAGAUGUGUGAAACAAGAUGCUGAUCCCACACAAAGCCACUAACCCUUCCAUUGUUCAGAGAAGUCCAAACAGUAAAUUGCUUCAGGAAGUGGGAGGGGAGGAGACACCCAACUCAUCUGACACUCCCACAAACUUUUUACAGAUUGAAAACAAUGCAAACAACACUAGAGACUAAUGCUUUAUCCACAAGGGCUCCCCAGCUGGUAUAUGGAACAGAGCAGCGAGCACCAGGUGGGACAGGGGCAGCACAUGCCACGGUGCAUUUAUGCACUUAACAGUCUGGUUGACACUCUGAACUGAACCGAGACCCGGGACUUCAGCUGACCUCAAUGGCAAUAAAGCAAGACUUGGCAUCGAUGUUUACAUGUGCACAAGUCCCCCCAAAAAGAAGUGAAAGCUAUAACAGACUAUAAGGCAGCUUUGGCGGUCCAGAGACCCUUUUUAAAGCCAGUCAGUGAGAUGUCCUACUCCUACACCCCUCAAACACAUUUCUGCAUUCAACUCUCAAAUUUAAAACAAAGAAAGAAAAAAGAAAAAAAGCUCUAUAUUUGCUUGUGAGGGAGGCCAAAGACAAAUCAGUCAGUGCCUGGAUAAACAAAAUGUUUUUGGCUUUCACUUAACACAAGCAAAGGAACUUCCUGCCCAGGCACUGGAAUUAUAAAAUGGGAUGAGGGAACUGAGGUUCUGGAAGAUCUCUCCCUUCUCCCUGUCAGCAACCUGCCUGUGUACUGCACUCAAAAAAAAAAAAAAA